CAAAGUUCCAAAGCAACAUAAGCGAAAAUGAAAAAGGAAGGUCGUCAACACGGCUUCGUUCGGACCGGGAUGAUUCAUCCGUCAGGAUUUAAUCCAAGUCCCUCAAACCAAUUCGUGAACCGGCUUGGUUCACCUCCCGCUUUUGGAGUAUUUACCAAAGUGCCAUCAACACCAACCAAUCAUUCAAAAUUCACCGGAAAAUAUGAGCGUGCCAAGUACAGUAAUUGUCAUGUGUUGCCGGCUACAAAGUCUGCAGACAAAACUAAGGGUCGCCAAAAGUUAAAAUCGACAGAUUGGUGGGUUGAUGGUAAGUUAGACCGGCUCACUGGGUCGGAUGCGUCUUCUGCUAGUGAUAUUUUGGAUACAUUAUGUGGUGAAGAGUAUGGUGGUCAUCAUGUUUAUGAUGAUGAUGCUGAUUGUUAAUCAUUUCAUCAAGAAACUUGAAAGUUGUUGUUUUCUUAUAUGCUUGAAUUGGAAAAACAUAUAAGAAAGUUGUUGUUUUCUUAUAUGCUUGAAUUAGGAAACAUAU